UUUAGGGUUAUGGUCGACUGUUGUAAAUGGCCAGCUUAGCUCAACAUAUUACAGUACGUCGUGUCCAUAUCUGUUGUCAAUUGUUAGAUCUGCAGUGAGACAGGCUAUCGCCAACGAGAGACGGAUGGGGGCGUCGCUUCUGCGUCUUCACUUCCAUGACUGUUUCGUUAACGGCUGCGAUGGGUCUAUUCUAUUAGACGAUUCGUCAACUUUAACAGGAGAAAAGACUGCAGUACCCAAUGCUAAUUCAGCCAGAGGAUUCGAUGUGAUAGACACCAUUAAGACCAACGUGGAGGCUGUUUGCAGUGGAGUUGUGUCUUGUUCCGACAUUUUGGCCAUUGCUGCUCGUGAUUCGGUUGUCGAACUUGGAGGGCCAUCCUGGACAGUGCAGCUAGGAAGAAGAGACUCCACAACUGCAAGCCUUAGCGGUGCAAAUAGCAAAAUUCCUGCACCCACAUCAAACCUUAGCGCGCUUAUCUCAGCUUUUAGCGCUCAGGGUCUUUCUGCCAAGGACAUGAUUGUGCUCUCUGGUGCCCAUACUAUUGGUCAAGCUCGCUGCACUAAUUUCAGAGAUCACAUCUACAAUGAAUCCAACAUAGAAACUACGUUGGCAACUUAUCUGAAAUCAAAUUGCCCAAGCAGCAGUGGCGACGAUAACCUUUCUUCUUUAGAUAUUAAUACUCCUACAACAUUUGACAACUACUAUUAUAAAACUCUGUUGAGCAAGAGAGGACUUUUACACUCGGAUCAGGAGCUUUAUAAUGGAGGAUCUGCUGAUUCUCAGGUGAUUACCUACAGUACCUAUCAGUACACGUUCUUCAGCGACUUUGCAUCUUCCAUGGUUAAAUUGGGAAAUAUCAGUCCUCUAACAGGCAGUGAUGGAGAGAUCCGAAAUAAUUGCAGGAAGCCCAAUUAGAUUUGGUAAUUUUAGACUAUAUUUCUUGCAGUAUUUACGUUUUGACUGUAAUAA